CUUUGUCCAUUUUUUUCCAGCCCAACUUGUACUACAAAGAAGAAACUAGGGUUAACAUUAAAUACUCCAAACCCCAUUUGUCAUAUCUCGUAGAAACCCUAAUUCAAUCCGCCCACAGCAGCUGAGCAGAUUGAUUGAUAGAGAGAGAUGGCGAAGUCGAAGAAUCAUACGGCGCACAACCAGUCGGCGAAGGCUCACAGAAACGGCAUCAAAAAACCGAGGAAACACCGUCACACGUCAACCAAAGGGAUGGAUCCCAAGUUCUUGAGGAACCAGAGGUAUGCAAGGAAGCACAACAAGCAGGCUGGUGCUGAAUCUACCCAGGAAGAAUAGAUGAUGUUUGUUUUUAAAGUUUUAUCUUUUUAAUGAUUUUUGUUUGUUGUCAGAUCAAGAAUCUAACUUGUCAGAUUUGGUUUUGAUUUAAUAUGAUAUCUUGAUGACUGUUUUUUAUUAA